AACGCGGCAGCCGACAUGCAGCGUCCAUCAUGGCUGUUCCGUCGGAAACCUUCCUGGCAAUAAAUCACCUGGACAUCGUCAAUGAUUACUACAAUGGGUUUCAAGUGUCGGCUUCAAGCCUUCGCAUCCCGCACACCGCCUACAUCAAGGCGUCCACCAACCCGAAAAAGCGAAAGCGAUCUCCUUCCGCCGCACCGAUGCGGCUGCCACCAGCGGAGCUCCUUGUGACUCUAGAAGCAGCCAGACAAUACGUCUUGCCUCAUGUACAUGAUUUGCUUCCGCAGUACAUCAAGACCGUUCCAGAUUCUCCUGCACGGGACGCCACCCCCACCGCGCGGUCCGACCAGACAAUCUCUGCCACCUUGAUGGACGGACUGCAGGAAAACAAUUCCGACGACGAUGUCCUUGUCAUGCACGACAAGAGGCAGUAUCUCCUACCACGUCACUGCACGUUUGUCCUGGGAGAUAUCUUCCGCUUACCACGCUUCCCCACCACCUUCCGCUGCAUUGUGAUGGAUCCUCCAUGGGAAAACAGGACGGUCGCUCGAGGAGCCACGUACGCAACGAUGCCGCACGUUCGCCUCUUGAAUCUGGACGUACCGUCACUAGCUUGUCCAGACGGCGCGCUCUUGGUUAUUUGGGUGACCAACAAGCCAGCCUUCCACGACUUCAUCGUCGACGAGUUGCUGCCGCGCUGGGGGUUCACUUUCCUUCAAACGUGGCAUUGGGUCAAAGUGGCUGCAGAUGGCGAGUGCGUUACGCCGUUGUCAUCGACCCACAAACUCCCGUUCGAGAAAGCGCUGGUAGCUGGACGCGGUGCAUUCGCCGACAUGGCGGUGGCACCGAGAGUGGCUGUGAGUGUUCCCUUGCGCCACUCGUGGAAGCCGCCACUCGCCCCGCUCUUGACCGAAUUAGGAAUCGACGAAGAAAAGGACAACAAAGUCGAGAUCUUUGCGAGGGAACUGCGGCCCCAUUGGACAUGUAUUGGCAACGAGGUACUCAAGUUCCAAGACUUGUGUUUAUUCGAUGCUAAACCGCCAGACACUAGCGUGGCUGGCUUCAGAGCAUCAUGAGAGUUCGGGUGAUAUGGAUGCCUCCAUCCAGUGUGCGGGCUUUACGGGAUGCUACCGAAUGCAGCCCCACCUGUCAAACGAGCGAGAAUCGAGAGAUUGUUCGUGUUCCUUGGAUAGCAUCAUUCACUGUCGACAA